UAGAGUUGUGUAUCCGGAACUUGUUUAGCCAUAUUCAUAGUUUUGAAUCUGCAGAUAGCUAACCCUAACAUUAGCUGCUCAUCAGAAUUAGCUUGUGUUGAACAUUUUUCUUUUUGUACGUAUGUAUAUUUAUGAGAUGUCGUCCACUUGUUAAGACAGCAGUGCGUGUUGGAGCUAUGUGGCGGCGGUGAAGUAAUGUCAACUCAUCACGACUUAGUUCAUUUACAAUGAACUCCCUGUCAGUCCAACCCCCAGUAUCAAGCUCAUCAUGCAGGACGCUGCCUGGAGAGGGGAAUCAGGUACAACCAAAAGCCCCUCUUCUGCAGAUCCUGCGUGUUGCUGGAGCCCAGGAAGAAGUGUUCACACUCAAAGAGGUGAUGCACUACUUGGGUCAGUACAUCAUGGGGAAGCAACUGUAUGACAAACAGAGGCAGCAUAUAGUCCAUUGCCAGGAUGACCCUCUGGGAGAGCUGCUGGAAGUGGAGAGCUUCUCCGUCAAAAACCCAAGCCCGGUGUAUGAAAUGCUGAAGAAGUACCUGGUUGUGCAUGGUUGUGCUGACGCUGCAGAGAAUCUUUCUGUGGGCCGUGAGUGUGUAGAGGGAGGAGUGGAAGAUCGUGGUCAGAUAUGCGGAGGUGUGGUCAAAGCAGGACUGGAGGCUUGCCAGAACGUGCCUCCCCUGCAGACCCCCUCCCAGAGACGACCACGGGAGCCAGACGAUGACUCCCUUGAAGGCUUGCCACGGUCAGCAUGCAAACGCCCCAAACUGGAUGUUACCCUGGAUGAUUGGGAUCUCUCUGGCCUGCCCUGGUGGUUUCUAGGUAAUCUCCGUAGCAACUAUAGCCGUAGAAGUAACGGCUCCACUGACAUCCACACAAACCAACUGUCUCCCGCGCAGGAGGAGGACACGGCCAUCGUGUCGGACACCACAGACGACCUGUGGUUCCUGACUGAGGGCGAGAGUGAACAGGUGAGCGUGGUGAUGAAAGAGGCUGCGCUGGAGGAAGGGAGCGGAGGAGAAGGGGAGGCCCCGCCCGGGGAUGAUGACGGAGGAGGGAAGGAGGAGAAGUUGGAUCGAGAGAUGCAGGAAGAGCCUGAUGAAGACUCGCAGUGUUUGAGUGACGACACGGACACAGAGAUUUCCACGCAGGAUGCAUGGCAAUGCACAGAGUGCAGGAAGUACAACACGCCUCUCCAGAGGUACUGUGUUCGCUGCUGGGCCCUGCGUAAGAACUGGUACAAAGAUGUCCCCCGACUCGCCCACUCCCUCUCUGUCCCCGACAUCCCAGCCUGCAGUUCCCUCACCACCCACGACGAGGAGGACGACAGCGACGCGGGCAUCGACGUCCCCGACUGCAACAGGACAGUGUCUGACCCCGUCAUCCUGCCGUCUCACUCCACCGCCGACCGACCACUGCCCCCGAUGGGGAAAGGCAAAGGUCCUCGUCCCUCAGGCUUCCACAAGUCUGAGCUGCUCUCAGGAGGGGAGAGUCAGGAAGACGUAGGCAUGGAGGUAGAAGACGUCAGGCCCGAGGCUCUGUUAGAGCCGUGCAAGCUCUGCCGAGUGCGGCCACGUAAUGGAAACAUAAUCCACGGACGUACGGCUCACCUGCUGACGUGCUUCCCAUGUGCGAGGAGGCUGCAUAAGUUCCAGGCCCCUUGUCCAGGAUGUGGAAAGAUCAUUCAAAACGUCAUCAAGAUAUUCAUUCUUUAAAAAUCUGUUCAUUUCAGUGGUUCCAUCAUGGUACGGUUUAGUUUGGUACAGUACAGUACGGUGAAGAACGGUGCGAGAAUAGAUUGCGGGCGUUUGCCUCAACUUCCAUGGGAUGUUGAUUACACUGAUCUCAAGGGAGUGACAUUUUUCUGUCACCCUGCUGACCUUACCGUACUCUGGUACCCUAAGGGAAGGGUGUCAAAGAAUGGAAUAGUCGGGGCUGGUUAUUUUGGUACUAUUCCUAAUGGAACUCAAAAAAAUACGUACUAUACUGUACCAAACCAAACCAUUCCACUUGGUGGAAUCACUGCUAAAACACAGUGAGUCAGCAAACUGUAAUUGGGCCCUAAUCAGCAUAAAUGAUGACACAGCUGCAGUUGCAUGCACUCAAAUACACACACACACACGAGUGCACAGAUGCGCACGUGAAAAGCACUUGGUGACGCUUGAGUUUGGUCGCAUGGUUUAUUUUGCCAUCACACUGCCUCUGAAGUAUUGUUAGGUGAAACCUUGGUCGUCUCUCACACCAGAUGUUUUAUUUUAGUGCCACGCCCGCACAAGGGACGUACCAAGGCCGAAGUAUUUAUUUAUGAGAAGAUCACAAUGGAAAUGCAGCACACAUUUGUGUGAAUGAUUCUUAAUUUUAUGAAGGCUCUUCGUUUCAGGCUGUUCCCUGAUUGGUUCUUCCGUUGCAUUUAAUGUUGCUUGCUUUGGUUUUGUUAUUAGUUAAGUAGACUUCUUCAUCGUGACACCUUUCUUUUACUUCAUGCGUUCUCCACGUCUUUUUUUGCGUAUUCACAUCUCGUGCUAAGAUUUGAGUAAUGAAGUCGAGACUGAAGGACUGAUUUCAACACCUUCACGAAUAUUAUAUCCUUAAAGCUUUUCUCUCUAACAUGCGUUCAUUUCAGCACAAAAGAAUGUAGUGUAAAAUACAAAAGUGGUGGCUUAAGUCCCGUUUCUCUCUCAGCAUAGUAUUUUAAUAACAGUAGAGUUGACUUUAUAACCUGCUUGAGAAUGCACAGCUGAAGUAUUUACUGUAGUUUUCUCUCGCGGUAGUAAAUUGAUGUUAAUAUGUAUUGAAUAUGAUGCCAAUCUUCUCCUCUGACAGAUUUGCCUGCAGUAAUUUAUGUCCUCUAAUUGUCGGUCGGUGUUUAAAUUGUAUCAUUUUGGAAAAAGGACACUUCUCUCCCCUUUUCCUGGACUGGAAAAAUGAAAGAAUAAUUUCUGUAUAUUUUGUAUUUAAUUUAUUUCUGUCUUUAUAUUUUUGUUGCAGAUGGCCACUUGUGAUGAAGCAGAAAAAAAGGGCUGCACUUGUUACAGAGUUCUACACGUGUAAUUUACAGAAAAGUGUUUUCAGAAAUAUGAACACGGUCUCUAAAGAAACGUGAGGGGAGUAGUUGGGGAGUUUGAUUUAAGCGUUACACUGCCAAGUAAUGACUUUUAACUUUGAUUUGUACAUAACAGAUUUUAUUUGAAGAUUGUGGAUGCUAUUUAGUUGCGGUGAAAUACAGUAUGCUCUCCAGCUUUAAGAAAUUCAGUGACACGUAACAAAGGGAGCGCCAUAGAUCUCUGAUAUUUACUUGUGCUUAAUGUUUCUGCCAGCAGGUGGCGUGGUGACUCAGCAUUCUCUCUGGUGCACAGUGAAGCUUACCAGUACCAGUAACAUGAUGAUGAUAAUGUGUAAUAUAAAGCAUGUUUCCUGUCGUGACUUGCACUAGCGCUGAGCUGGUGCGUGUGUGAGCUGUAUCAGCUGUAUAAAAGCUACUCUAUAAACAUAAAGGAAGUCGCCUGUUGUAUUUAUCUUCAUCAAUAUACGAACAAACUUCCUCCACAUACAUAAAUACCUAAAAAUGGCCAGUCAUACUGGUCCAAAAUGACAAUGAUAGUUGUGCCAAUUAUUAACAUUAAGAUAUAUUAAAGAUAUAUUGAAAGUACGGUUAAUAAUGUUAAUGUUUUUCUAAUAGUCACGGAAUAAAAACAGUUGUUGGAAAGCA